UGCGUGAAGCUGAACAUGUGCAGUCAUACUCGUUUCUAAAGUACUUUUAACGCGGAUUUUUUUGUGAAAUUUUGCUAUAGAUAAGUGCGUCUUUAAGUACAUUUGGAUGCGACAUUACACCUUUAUAUAAUGCAUUUGCACUUGUGAGCGGUACAGUGUUCAGCACUCUUCUAAGUUCCUCUUCUAAAUGGGUUUACUGAGCGGAAGAGUGGUGGUUGCACUGAGAGCUGCCAGGUGUUUCCACAGUCCACUUCUAUAUUUAAAAUCAUGUUUUUCGAGCAAAGCGGGAGUCUCAAGAGAACGGAAUGUUAUUCUCAUGGGUCCACCCGGAGCUGGGAAGACCACGGUGGGGAAGAUCGUGGCUCACAGGCUGGGGCUUCCUGCCGUUGACAUUGAUGAUGAUGUCUUGGAGACGACUUGGCAGAUGCCAGUCUCAGCCAAGCUGGCCUCGGUUGGUGGAGACCGUUUCCUUGAGGAGGAAGGUCAAGCGCUGUGCAACUUCUCCGCCUCUGGAUGUGUCGUCUCGCUGACCGGAUCCAACCCUCUUCACAGUGAGGCCAUGGAGCAUCUCCGACAGACUGGAUUGGUCGUCUAUUUGGAUGUAGACAGUGAGGACAUCCUGCAAAGACUGUCCAGGAUGAAGGUGAACAGGAUAGUGGGGCAAGAAGCAGGUGUGUCCAUGAAGGAUAUCCUUCAGUACCGGAAGCAGUUUUAUGAGAAAUGGCUUGAUGGUCGGGUCUUGUGUGGGAGAGGAGACGGUGUGGAAGAAGUGGCAGAGAAGGUGUUGAAGUCUGUGGAGAGGUUUGACUCUGAAGAGACGUACAUGUCGACCAGAGGUGAGGGCGCAACUCGAAGUAAAGCGCACUUCAGUGAUGUUGUGGUUGAAGGCCUGGCUCCUGACGGAGGCCUCUACGUUCCUGAGGGCAACCUACCGAGGAUUGACGCCGGCGAAUGGUUGAGACUGGCCGAGAUGUCGUACCCCGAACAGGCUUUGGUGAUACUUGAGAAGUGCAUCCAUCCCAGAGAAAUCUGUGCAACUGAUUUAAGAGACAUGGUCUUCAAGGCGUAUGGGUCCAACUUUGCCAGCGAGGACAUCGCACCUGUCAAACACCUGAUGGGCUGUCAGUACGUCCAGGAGCUUUUCCACGGCCCCACCGCCUCCUUCAAGGAUCUGGCUCUGCAGCUGAUGCCGCAGCUCUUUGCCCACUGCCUCCCGCCCAUGUGCAACUAUCUCAUCCUGGUGGCCACGUCAGGAGACACGGGCAGCGCCGUGCUGAGCGGCUUCCGGAGCCUCCGUGGUGCGGACCGAGACAAAACCGGAGUGUUGGUGUUUUUCCCGGAGGAAGGAGUGAGCGAGAUCCAGAAGAUCCAGAUGACAAGCUUCACCGAGGGAAACGGCAGGGCUGUCAGCGUGAAGUCAGACUUCGACUUCUGUCAGAGGUCCAUCAAGAGGAUGUUUGGCGAGUCGGGGCUGACGGGUCACCUUGCUGUGGAGUACGGGACUGUCCUCAGCACCGCCAACUCCAUCAACUGGGCGCGUUUGUUACCACAGGUGGUCUAUCACUCCGCCGCCUACCUCAACCUUUGCAGAGGUGGAAUCAUUCAGUUCGGGGAUCCCAUCGAUGUGUCCAUCCCGACAGGCAACUUUGGCAACGCCUUGUCGGCCUUUUACGCCAAGCAGAUGGGGAUCCCUGUCAGAAAAAUCAUCUGCGCCUCCAACCACAAUUGCAUCAUCUCCGACUUCAUCAGCACGGGCGAGUACGACCUGCGGGGGCGCCGUCUGAUGCUCUCCCACUCACCUGCGAUCGAUAUUCUCAAGUCCUCCAACCUGGAGAGGUUCAUCCACCACGUCUCUGACGGCGACGGCCGCCUGGUUGCAUCUCUUUACGCAGGUUUGGAUGGAAACCAGCAUUUCCAGCUUCCGGAGUCUGUACUCAGCCGGAUGCGGCAAGAAGUGGAGGGCGGCUGGUGCUCGGAGGACGACUGCUUGUCUGGGAUCCGCAGCGUCCACUCGCAGACUGGCUACAUCAUAGACACGCACACAGCCGUGGCAAAAGUGGUGAGCGACCGGCUGCAUGACGGCUCCUGCCCCCUGGUGCUCUGCUCCACCGCUCACUAUGGAAAGUUUGCGCCUGCGGUGUUCAGAGCCCUGAAGUCCCGGGACAUCCCAGAGGACCCUGUGGAACAGCUGACCAAGCUGCAGUCCGCGGCGUCUGGACCAGAGCCGCACCAGCGCAUGAUGAACUGUCUCGCCGAGAGAGGCAGAUGCAGGCGUGCGGCCUGUGAAGCCGAUUAUGAAACGCUGGUGGAAGAAGUGGAGCAAAUGAUACAAGACUCGUUUCUGAGAGUCAUGUGACUUCAAAGAAAGUCAACGUUA